GUGAUGAAGAUGCUGGACUUGGAGAGAAACCCCAGUUUAAGUCCCUAUUUAGACAUAUUGCUUGCUGAGUGAAUGUGAUCCCCUCAUUUCUUCAGCCUAACAUGUCAUCAUAGUUUGCUGUUAUGCAGAUAAAAUAAAACCCCAAUUUCCACUAACUUGAGCUUUCAGAGAAAAUGCAAUGAUUUAAUUUAAUAAGCAAUUCAUCCGUCUUUUGAUCCUCUCUUGUUUUUAAGUUCACGUAAGAGUGUUUUCACCAGAUUGUUAUUCUGUACAUGAGUGUAACAGGUUGCUGUGAACCAGGAUGGGUAAUUUAGAUGCAGGCAGCCCCUUGGGAAAUCAUUAACAAACCCAUGCAAGCAAGAUACUGGCUGAGUUUUCUCUUUGUUCCAGGACCAAUGUAUACCUGUAUACAAAAGAGAAAAGAGGGAAUAUUUUCUUUUAUAUCCUAAUAACUGUAUGUAACACUACCAGCACUUUUGUUUUCAGAGAACAGAGACAAAUAAAAAAUGAUGAGGAACUCCUUUAUUUUGUUGAGUAAAAUCUUGGUAACUUUUGUUUUCAUCCUGUGCAUCACUUCAGCAGAGAGCGCAAGCAAUACCUUUACAGAAAAAGGUCUCUCUUUGCUCGGUUACCAUUUAUGCAAUUAUUCUGUGAUAAAAAUUGUGAGCAAAACAGUUGCGUAUCAAAAAUCAUAUGAGAAACAAACACCAUGUGGAGGAUGGAUUCCAUGGAAAAUGUGCACCACAACCUACUACAAAGAAGAGUACCAUCCUAUUAUGGUGCAAGAAGCUGUGAAUGUGACAGAUUGUUGUGCUGGGUAUGAACAAGUGGGACCAUAUUGUUCUUUACCCAUAAACAGAUCCAGUGAGUUUGCUUCAAGACCUGGUGCCUGUCCCACGAAGAUAGGGGAAGCAUUAAAGAGUUCAUGCGUGUCUGACAUGGAUUGUCCAGAAUAUAAAAAGUGCUGUAAGACAUCUAUGGGAACCCAUUGUUCAGAUCCUGUUCCAGAAGAACAAACAGUGACAAAGUAUUGGUAUGAUGUGUCAGUCCUUGUGAAAAUGGAUUUCAGUGAAUUGAACAAAGUGGAUCCAAAACUUCUGAAUCACUCACGUCUUUUGCACUCUAUGAUUACUGGAGCAUUGUGGCCCAUGAACAUCUCUGUGUAUCAUAUCCAGACAAAGUCAGAAACUUAUGCAGAGACAUUAGUGUCAUAUGUCCUAGUUGGACUGCCACAACUGGUUCCAUUGGUCAAUAUUUCUUCUUUGUUGAAAGAAAUUGUGAAGAGAGUAUAUGAAGUUAUUGACAUUGUCGUACAAGAUUGUGAUCCUGAUAUGCCCAACAUUCUGAUUAAAAAUAAGUAUUCUUCUAAUUUGCUGAGAAGUUCAAGAUCUGCAUCACCUGAAAUUCAUGGAUCAGUAGAUUUGGAAUGCGAUUCUCCCCCUAUUAGAAACCACAAGAUCUUCAAUGUAACUUGCAGCAGUUUUGAAGCAUCUUGGAGUGUAAAUUCUUUGCAGAAUCAUUCAUUCCGAGCAGAAGUGUACAAAGGCAAGAAACUUGUUGAAAGAAUGGAAACCACAGAUAUGAAGCUAACUAUGUUAAAUCUAGAAGCAGGUGUAAUGUAUACAAUGGACAUCAGUUAUGAAGCUUGUGGCAAAAAUAUUACCUCCAGUAGAACUGUAAAAACAGGUGAAAUCGUGGAUCCUGUUACUACACAGGGAUCAAACGUUACUGAUAAUUCAACCACACCUUUCUCAAUGACAGAAAUACAGGCAGUGACAUCGUUCACUAAGUAUACUGAAGCAACAGUGCUGCCCUCUAGUGGCACUCAGGAGUCAAGCACUCUUCCAGCAGAGAAGGCAUUGUCAGCAUCUCAGAAGAUGAACGUAUCAGGGCAUGUCAGGAAUGAUAGCAUCUUGAAUAGCCCAGAAACAGCUACUCCAGCUCCAAAAUGGUGGGGCAAUGUAACAGUCUCAAAUGGAACUGUAGCUGAAGAGUUGAGCACUCUGCCAGCAGAGAAGGUAUUGUCAGCAUCUCAGAAGAUGAAUGUAUCAGAGCAUGUCAGGAAUGAUAGCAUCUUGAAUAGCCCAGAAACAGCUACUCCAGCUCCAAAAUGGUGGGGCAAUGUAACAGUCUCAAAUGGAACUGUAGCUGAAGAGUUGAGCACUCUGCCAGCAGAGAAGGCAUUGUCAGCAUCUCAGAAGAUGAACGUAUCAGGGCAUGUCAGGAAUGAUAGCAUCUUGAAUAGCCCAGAAACAGCUACUCCAGCUCCAAAAUGGUGGGGCAAUGUAACAGUCUCAAAUGGAACUGUAGCUGAAGAGUUGAGCACUCUGCCAGCAGAGAAGGCAUUGUCAGCAUCUCAGAAGAUGAACGUAUCAGGGCAUGUCAGGAAUGAUAGCAUCUUGAAUAGCCCAGAAACAGCUACUCCGGCUCCAAAAUGGUGGGGCAAUGUAACAAUCUUGAAUGGAACUGUAGCUGAAGUGUUGAGCACUCUUCCAGCAGAGAAGGUAUUGUCAGCAUCCCAGAAGAUGAACGUAUCAGGGCAUAUCAGGAAUGAUAGCAUCUCGAAUAGCCCAGAAACAGCUACUCCGGCUCCAAAAUGGUGGGGCAAUGUAACAAUCUUGAAUGGAACUGUAGCUGAAGUGUUGAGCACUCUUCCAGCAGAGAAGGUAUUGUCAGCAUCCCAGAAGAUGAACGUAUCAGGGCAUAUCAGGAAUGAUAGCAUCUUAAAUAGCCCAGAAACAGCUACCCCAGCUCCUAAAUGGUGGGGCAAUGUAACAGUCUCAAAUGGAACUGUAGCUGAAGAGAGAUGGACCACUCAAGAUCAGCAAAACUCUUCAGUGACCUCAUCCCCUGGAGUUUCAAACAUAGAAACCUCUCCUUUUAAGAGAAAUGAAUCAAUAGUAGAGGAGGGCACACCUGGCUUCUCAGUUGAAAGAUUUGAGAAUGUUAUAUCCCUGAAUGUAACACAAAAUCCCAAAUGUCAUGCUUUGAACCAUACCCUUGAUAGGGACAUAGGAGGAAAUGACAGCUCUUGGUCUGAUGAAAGAAACAGUACAGCAUCGCCAUCUUCUUUCAAGGCGAAUAUCUCCCUUGCUACAGAUUUGAGUGCACCAUUUCCAGCUGAAAGAAUAUUUUUUUCCAAUGUGACAAAUACUAGCUUUCAGAUUUCCUGGACUACCCAUUUUUCAGCGAAUACUACUUUCCAUGUUCUGCUCUUUGAGGAGGAAUUGCUGAUAAAGAAGGUUAAAACCCAAAGCAGUCAUCUGAAUAUUUCUGAACUAAAAGCAGGAACUUUAUACACUGUUAAAAUAAAGGCAGACUUGUAUGGAGAUGAAAGUAAAACUGUGCAGCGUAAAGUAAAGACAGCUGCCCAGAAAUUUAAUGGGAUGGUUAGGAUAGUGAAUCUGAACUAUAGCUCAGAAUUCAGCAACUCAAGAAGUGAAAAGCGCCAAAAUUUUUCAAAGAUGUUUCUUAAUGAGGUCCGUACAUCUUUGCCCCCUAAUAUUCUUCAAAAAAUGGAUGCUGGUAUGAUUAACAUUUCAAUUGUAAGUAUUAUCCCAGGAAGCAUAGUGGUCAACUACAGCCUCCUGAUUCCAAUAGACAUGGAUGCAAGGAAUGUUUCCGGGUCUCUUCUUGAAGCUUUUCGAAACAGCAGCCGUUUCGAGGUUGAUAAUAACAGUCUAUCCAUAUAUGAUAACAAUGAAUGUGAGCGAGAGGAAACAGAUUGUUCUCCUAAUGCAACCUGUUACAAUAUUUAUGGAUCUUAUGGAUGCAAAUGCAAAGAAGGAUUUGUCAAUGUAAAUGCUGAGAGACCUGGGAGAAACUGUGAAGUACUUUCUUCCAGCCUUAGUUCUGGGGAUGCACAGUCAAAAGAAUGGAGCAGCACAGCUUUACCCUUGACCGAUCCGUAUACUUCAGACCCCAUGCCUUCAUCUGCCGGAGAUAAUUUUUCCACUAGUAGCAGCAGAAGCUUGGAGAAUGCAACUGCCAACACUACAAUUAAUAAGAAAACUAUAAAUCGAACAACAAACAUUCAUGAUUUACCUCAGAAUUCGUCCUUGAUUAACAGUUCUUCUGCUGUUUCAAUUAAGGAGGCAGUUCAAGUACUGUGUGAGUUUGAAAAAAUUGUCAUCUCCAUUAAGAAGGACUUUCUGCACCAGCAAUCUAUCCCAGAAUCCUCCUUGUACUUAGGAAAUCCUCGCUGCAACGUAACCUCCAGUAAUUCUAGUCAUGUGGUACUUCAUACUGACUGGAAUGAAUGCGAAACUGAAAUACAAACUAAUACCACUCACACCAUUGCAAAAACUGUUCUUCGGAAUGAUUAUUCUUCCCAUAGGAUUAUCCGCCACUUAAAGAUUUCAAGUCAAAUUCACUGUACCUUUGAAAAUAAUCUCUUAACUUCAUCUGGAUAUACUUCAGAAGGGAUUUAUACCAUUUUUGAAGAUUUACAUGGAUCUGGACACUUCUUAACAGAAAUGCGAUUGUUUAUUGGCAAUUCUCCAAUUCCGCAAAAUUUCAGCAUCUCUGGUAGUGAUAAUGUAAUGAUUGAGGUGGGAGUUCAAACAAGAAGCAAGAAACUCAAGUUGGUUGUUGGCCAAUGUUGGGCAACCCCAACUAAUAACUCAAUGGAUCCUCAUUCAUUUCAUUUUAUACAUGGCAGCUGUCCAGUUCCAAAUACAAACACCAUCGUGAUUGCAAACGGGAUAUCCAACCGAGCCCGAUUUAAACUGAAAAUAUUUUCAUUUGUCAAUAGUUCAGUGGUUUACUUACAUUGUAAAAUCAAAAUUUGUGUUGAAAUUCCUAAAAGCACUUGCAGAACGAAUUGCCAGGGUUUCCGUUUCUGGAAAUCAGGUGAAAUUAUUGCAACACCUAAAGCAACUUGGGGUCCUCUUCACAAAUUCAGUGCUGGAUUAAAGGAAGAGAAAAAAUCUGGUCUGGGAGUAGGCUAUAUCGUCCUCAUUGUCAUCGGCGUACUUGUUCUCGCACUGGGAAUAGCAGGACUUUUAGUCUGCCGGUACAAACGCAAGGCUGGGACUUAUGACUUCAAAAGGAGGACUGAAUAUUUUAACUAUCGAGCCUUCCAUGACUGAACAUUUCAAAACAUCUGGAAGCUUUCUACAAAUAUAUUGGUCCAUGAAAUGCGUGAAAGACGUAACUGAAGCAGCUGAUACUCAGAUUAUCAGGCCUCUGAGAACUUCUUAUCAGUUUUACAUUGCUGUUGUAAACCAUUUGCAUCAUUUCAAGAGGGUAGAAAAUUCACUAGUAAUUUUGUAGUUGGAUUUACUUUUGCUUUGCCUCCCAGUUCCACAAUUUUGCUUUUAAAAAGAUAGAACACUUUUAGUGUAAGAAAGCAAAUCAAGCAAUUACAUAAAUUCAUUGUAUACAUAUAUGUUAUUAUUCUGAGACUGUAGAAUCAUCAUUUUGAUGCAGAGGCCUAAAUAUUGCAGAAUAAAAGUGAAAUGUGAGUGCUGGAAGUUUGUGAAAAGAAGGAUUCCGAAGUUGAUCAUAUGUUUCCAAAUAAGAUCUGCAAAACCUGCUUUCAUGUGAUUAAAAAUGAUGAAGAGAUUGGUUGUUGUUUUUUUGCCAUUUCGGGAGAAAGAGAACAUGUUCUUUGAUAAGAAUCUUCCUUAUAUUUAAUGUAUUUUUUUUAUACUGAAAAAAUAAUAUAAUGCAAAGUAUCCUUAUCUUGAAAUUCAUGUCUCAAUGAAGUUGUUUCUACAGAUAUCUAAUACUUAUAACAGCUUUCACUCCAAAAUUCAACUUUCACACAUAUACUUGGGAGAAAAUCUUAUUCACUCUUCAUUUUUGUUU